AUGACGUCUUGGUACGGUAGGUCGCUUGCUUUUCCCGGGCUUUUCCAGAGGGCGAAGGCCAAGACCCGCUCCUCCCGGGCCGGCCUGCAGUUCCCGGUGGGUCGCGUCCACCGCCUGCUGCGGAAGGGCAACUACGCCGAGCGGGUGGGCGCCGGGGCCCCCGUCUACCUGGCCGCCGUCCUCGAGUACCUGACGGCCGAGAUCCUCGAGCUGGCCGGCAACGCCGCCCGGGACAACAAGAAGACCCGCAUCAUCCCCCGCCACCUCCAGCUCGCCAUCCGCAACGACGAGGAGCUCAACAAGCUGCUGGGGAAAGUCACCAUCGCCCAGGGAGGCGUCUUGCCCAACAUCCAGGCUGUCUUGUUGCCCAAGAAGACCGAGAGCCACAAGGCGAAGAGCAAGUAAAAAACUGACCACACCGAACUCCAAAGGCUCUUUUAAGAGCCACCCACAUUCUCUUUAAAUGAGCUGGUUUUCUCCUCGUUGUGCAGUAACUUUUUGGGAGGGUUUGCUGAAGGGUAUAACAGUGUCUCUUGGAGGAAUGAAUGGGCAGCAAAACCACUCCGAUAAACUCGUUACAUUUUAAAACUAGCAUAAAUCUCUAGACCCUUAAUCCACCCUAACUGGGGGGAUCUUGUAACGAAUGGGU